CUGAACGCUGCUGAAUGUCACUCAUAAUGUUUUCAGUCGGGUUGCUGGUGGGACUAACUCGCUAAUUGUGUCACAAUCUUGGCGUAUCGUUCAAAAACUGCCCCCAAAACGAGUAGCCAUGUCAGAGAUUAAAACAUGGGCACUGUGGAGGGCAGUUCUUGCUGAGUCUCUGGGAAUGAUCAUCUUUGUCUUUGUCGGCCUCUCUGCUGCAAUAGGGGACAGAAAUAACACUUACCCUGACCAGGAGAUAAAAGUGGCAUUUGCCUUUGGCUUGGCUGUUGCCACGUUAGCCCAGUGUAUAGGUCACAUUAGUGGCGCCCACCUGAAUCCUGCCAUCACCCUGGGCCUCCUGGCUAGCUGCCAGAUGAGUGUCCUCAGAGCCUUUUUCUACAUAACUGCUCAGCUUUUGGGAGCUGUAGGUGGCAGUGCCAUUGUGUAUGGUAUUAGGCCAGCAACCACAGAUUCACUUGGUGUUAACAAGCUAAACGGAAUCAGCCCAAGCCAAGGUUUUGCCAUCGAAUUCCUCCUCACCCUCCAGCUGGUCCUGUGCGUGCUCGCAGUCACCGACAAAAGACGAGACAUCGGUGGAUUUGCGCCUCUGGCCAUCGGACUGUCUGUAGGGUUGGGACACCUUGCUGGGAUCCGCUACACAGGAUGUGGUAUCAACCCAGCUCGAUCCUUUGGGCCUGCAAUCAUACAGGAGUCUUUUGAUGAUCACUGGGUAUACUGGGUAGGACCAAUGAGUGCUGGUGUAGUGGCAGCUCUUCUGUAUAAUUAUCUGCUGGCACCUGGAGAUGAACCCUUGAGUGAAAAAAGAAGAGUCCUGCUCUGUGGUGGUUCAUCACCAGAAAAUGAAAUUCAGGAGCCCCUUCUGGAGGAAGUCAAAGAUGUAAAACGGUCAAAAGAGCCAGUCUAAGUGGAAAUGUUUUACUCCAUACAGUAUCAAAUAAAAUAUUUUUUUCAAGA